ACUCGCCCACCAUAAUUGCGAUCAUCCUCUUCAGAUUAAUUAAAACAAAUUAACAAAAAAUAGCGAAAAAUCUCCGCAAAAAAAUCGAUUUUCCAUUUCCAGCCAGUCUAAAUUCCAUCUCGAGAUCCUAAAAAAUGGUGCAGCUGAUGAAGAGCGACGAAUCGGCAUCGCGCGGCGAGAAGACGCCGGUGAAGAUGGAGGUGGAGGAUUGUUUGGAGGAAGAGCACGGCCCACUCCACAAGCGCCCCAAACAGCAGCAACAGAGUGUGGGAAUGGCUGGUUUCGGAGUCCCACCAUCGCAAUACAAUCCUCUUGACGAGCCAAGUCCAUUGGGAUUACGACUAAGGAAAAGCCCGUCACUGCUGGAGUUGAUUCAAAUUAAACUGUCCCACUCCUCUGUGCCUAAACUUGGAAGUCCGAGUAAUAGUAAAAAGGAGUCCCUGAGAGGUGCUGGCGCGUCUGGUGAUAAGUUGAAGGCCUCAAAUUUUCCUGGUUCAGUUCUGAGAAUCGGGACCUGGGAGUAUAAAUCAAGAUAUGAAGGAGACUUGGUGGCAAAGUGUUAUUUUGCAAAACAUAAGCUGGUUUGGGAAGUCCUUGAUGGGGGUCUUAAGAAUAAAAUUGAAAUUCAGUGGUCUGAUAUUAUGGCAUUGAAGGCAAACUACAGUGAUGAUGCUCCUGGAACUUUAGAUGUUGUGCUGGCACGACAACCUCUUUUCUAUAGAGAGACUAAUCCACAACCUAGGAAGCACACUCUUUGGCAAGCAACAUCAGAUUUUACUGGUGGACAAGCUAGUCUAUGCAGACAACACUUUUUGGAGUGUCCACAAGGCUUGUUGGGGAAACAUUUUGAGAAACUCAUUCAGUGUGAUCCCCGCUUGAACUUUCUUAGCCAGCAAGGGGAAACAAAACUAGAAUCUCCAUAUUUUGAACCCAGGAUUCCUGUUAUUGAUGAUCAAAGUGAAAACAAUAAUGAAUUUGAUUUGAAUAGGGAGGGAAGCCCUUCCUUCUUCACCUUGCAGGAUACUGCUUCACCAUCAGGGCCUAAGACAUCAUCCUCAAAGAAUGAUGUUGAUGUUCUUGGCAGACAUUCAGAAUCUUACACCCGUGAAACACCGUCUCCAAGCUCAGCUGGGGGCACACUGACAGUUGAAGAUAUAAAAAACAGCAGAAUUGAUCAACUGAAGGAGCUCAGCAAUUGGGAUCAGGUCAAGGCUCCGGAUCUCCAUUCUUCUAUGUCGAUGAGCGACUUAGUGAGCCAUCUCGAGAAUCGGAUAUCAGAACAGGGCACAUCUGACAAUCCUACUCUCUCAAGCGAGGAAUGGCAGAGCCUCCAAAUCUUGGAUGACAUCAAACGGUGCUUGUUUAGUGAAAGUCAAAACUUUCGAGACUCGGACGAGAAAUCACUCAUGUCUAGGGUCGAUUCCCUCUGCUGCCUCCUGCAGAAGGACGCCCCUUCAGGCUCCAACACUCAGCUUAAAAGGGACAACAGCAUCAAUCUAUCACUGAUGCAAAAGGUAGAAGAUGAUGAAUCGAGCAGUGAUGGCUCGUUGUCUACAGAAAAGAAGGCUGGAGAUAGUGAAGAUGUCUCGGGCCCAAACCAGGUGUCGUCCAUGUCAAGGAAAGACUCUGUUGGAGAGCUGCUGCUUAGUCUCCCUAGGAUAGCUUCUCGUCCGCAGUUCUUCUUCAACAUUUCUGAUGACUACGGAAACCAAGCUCGGUGAUGCAGGCGACUUUGACGCAGAUGCGUGUCUCGGUGAUUUGUACAUGCGACGUAGUUGUAUGUCUGUUGUCAACAUUUGUGUAGUUUGAGGAUUCGGAAAUUAUGGUUGAUGAUGAAUCCUGUAAUUAUUUAUGUUUUGAAGGUGGCAUUAGGAUAUCUCUCUGGUUUUGCUACUUGUUUUGAUUAUACCAUACUGCUGCAAAAUUUGUACUUACGGUUGAUUUGUCAAAAUGUUGCUCUCUUCGUUCAA